ACCGGCUCGCGGCACGGACAGCGUCAUGAAAUCUAUAAUAACGUUACUACUGCUGUGGGUGUGCAGUGCAUCCAGCGAGCCGCUGGGUGCAGCUAUACAACGUCGCAGCUCCAGGAAUGGAGUGUACGCGAGGGAGUACGCUCAGGGAUACGACAGAGUCAGCUAUGUAGCCAUCCCCUUGCAUGCUCCAUUACCGGUCCUACAUGUGCUGUCACCAACGCCGCUGUACCGGCCCAACCGGGCGGUGCAUAGGAUACCCGAGCAACCAAGGGUAUACGCAGCCUCUAUGCCCCACGCUUGGUACUCCCCGCCCCCUGCGCCGAUGUACUCGACGGAGUGGAGACGGCUCCUGAAAUCCUCUACGCUCGCCCCAAUCCCAGAGGAGGAUUCUACUACAGCAAGCGACCGACAAAAAAACGCGUGCCUGUCAAAAAAGAAGUUAAAGACGAGCCCAUCAUAAUCCGAGUACAUAAGCACAGAAUCUACAGAGACCGGUAGAGUGAGCUCAACUGCUGUGUUAGACUGUGUAUGAAAUUAUUGUUAUCAUUAUAUCACGAAUGACUUAGACUUUAAGGACAUUUACAGUGUAUACGGUACCUUAGGAAAUAUGCAUAGCAAAAACGCAGAACUAAUACUUUUGGUUUCCAGAAUAAAAACUAUCUAGUACCUACUACUCACCUACGACGUAUUUUAUGAUAAUAUUAAUAAUAAUUAAGUAUUUUUUUAUAAUAUUAGCAUCUUUUAAUAGUUUAUAUACACAUAAUGAGGUAUAAUGUUCGUAACAAUAUUGAAAGUACUAAAAAUUUGAACUAGAAAAACUUUUUUAAUCCGUGUAUAAAACGCCAUAGCAAAAGUUUCGUCAUAGUUACUAAUAGUCCCUAACUGUUAUGUGGUUCUGUCUGACUAAGAGUAAGUAGUUAGUUUGUGUGCACAUAUAAAAUUACUAUGUUGCGUUACGUUUUGUACUUGAACUAAAAUUAAGUUUAUUGUAGCCUGAUAUUUUUAUUAGUUGACUUUUUAUAGCACUUACCCGUGCUUAUGGGAAACUCCAAAGAAAAACAAAAAGUCCCGUACGAGACAGAUAUUUUUAAAUUUUCUCUUUGUGAUGUUAUUAGUUAUUUACUAGAGGCGUGUUAAUAAAUUAAUGCCUCUCACGUUUGAUACGAUUUUAUGAACCUACUAUAAGUGUUUAUAGAAAGUUUAAGAUAUUUGUUAAGUCAUUUAUGAUAUCAGAUGUAAAUAAAUAGACAGUAAGUUCAUUACACUAUACCUAACUAUUUGUAAUACCCAAUUACCCAAAGCAUGAGCAUAAGAAUAAAAAAAACUUUGCAUUGUUUAAAAAACGAAGGAAGUAAAUCGACCGAGUAAAUGGAAUUGUUGUUAUAAAUAACGAAAUAACUUUCAUCGUUUGAAAUUAAUGAUGUUAGGAAGCAAGUGAGCGUACAAUAUGCGCUAACAGCUUAUACCACACGCAUGCGGUAGAC